UUAGCUCACAUCAAUUUCCUGAGAAUACCCUACGCCGCUUGCUCUCUCGCGUGCUCUCUCCAAUGUUGAGACCUGUUCAUCUUCUUCUUCCAUCCGUUUCAUAGACAAUUGUCUGUGAAAUCAAUUUCUCCCCACCUCUUCCCUCUCUUUAAUCCUCCCCAUUAAUGGGGUCCGUUGGCUGCCUCCUUCGGGUCCUCUAUAAACCUUCCAAUUCACGAGACUCGAUUCAUCAACUUUGAUUUUCCUCUCUUCAAAUUCACUCGCGAUGAAGACAACCGGUUCGAUCGUCUCUGUGAACUCGAAAAGCGAAUCGGCGGCCCUCUCCGCUCCGGCGAAAACCGGUGAUCAAUCCGGUGUUACUUCCGGCGUCGUCUCCUCGGUGAAGCCAGCGGUCACGACGUCUGCCUCAUCCGGUCCGGUCAACCCAGCCGUCAACUCCGGCGACGCUCCCGUCGAUGUGAAUUCGGUGAAGCCAGCAAAAGGUACGGCGAUCUCAUCCAGCCCAGGCCAUCAGUUCGUAAAGACCGGAGCUUCAUCUGGUGUAAGGAUCGGUGUCAGGAACAAAUCAACUGUCCUCAUCCGCGAUAAGGGCAAAUCCAUCGUCUCCGGCGAGGUUGGCGAGGUGAUGUCCUUCAGAGACGUAACCUUUGGACCCCACGAAGGCGAGGUCCGGUUCCGGCUGAUCCACUUCUGGGAGGCUUGGAAUAUUCAGACGAAGGUCCUGCUCGGUGUCGAGAUGCUUCUCAUUGACGAAGAGUAUAUUGCGAAGAGUUCAUACGGCGAAUCGACGUUUCCGGUGAUCCCAACUCGAAGAAACCAAAAGGCGUCGAGGCAGUCUCCUCUCCCGGACCGAUCAAACCCAUCGGCAAAAGCGGUGUUGUGUUUCUUCGGGCCUCACGAUCGGCGAUCCCAACUCGAAAAAAGUAAAAGGCGAAGAGGCGGUCUCCUCUUCCACUCCGAACCAAUCGGCAAAACCGGUGUCUCUUCCGGACUCUCCAUCGGCGAUCCCCACUCGAAGAAACCCAAUGAGUCGUAGGAAGAAAGGGAUGAAUCUACCGUGACUGUUAAUUGAGAUACUAUAAGUUACAAUUUUGUGAGUAAAAAUGUGGUUGCCUACUUUGAGCUCAGGCUCAAUUGAGGGAGUGAAGAGAAUAGGGGAGAUGUCGUUACACAGGUUCAUCUCAGUGUCUAUGAUAUAACGCAUGUGAACGACUACCUCUGUUGGUCUGGCAUAAUUCCAUUCUGGAAUAUACUGGGAGGAAGCCACUUGAAAGCCAAAUUUAUUUAGUUGGUCUGUCGUUGUUAGCUGAAACGAAGAAUCAAAGCCGUCAGUUGGCCCUUCAAGUCUCUAAAAGGUCGAAGCUUCCCAUGCAUCAAGAUAAAAGAUUAAAUCAAAGAUCAAAUUUUGUUUGGAUCUGGCGAUGCCCAUUAUCUGUUUCAUUAGAUUCUGAAUUUUGGUAGGUUUGAGUCGGAGAAGGAAGCCAAGAAAGAAGUUUUCACGAAGUAUCGACUCCAGUGGAGUGGAGUUCUUGAUACUCUCACCAAAGAUUCAUUCAGCAAAUGCUUGGAGGUUAUUCAGUCCCUGAUUAUGAGAAGCUUCAAGUGGAGAAGUUUUAUUUUCAAAUAAAGUACAAUGAGAUUCUGCGUAAACAUCAGGAAACGUUUCGCUUCCUAACUCCCUUCAUUGCUUCCCAACAUAUUUUUAAAUUUGUUAUUGGAUUCCAGAAACGUUAAGAGAGGUCUUGCUUCCAUAGACAUAUUUAUUCCGAAUAGCACUUUGUUUCUCUCUACGCAUUUAAGAAUGAAAAAUAAAAAAUUGACCUA